GACGUCAAGCCCGCGCGGGUGGCCGGCGAGAGGGACCUCGAGAGGGAGUUCGAUGCCAUCUACCGGGCCUUGGAGAGCCAGCAGGACUGGAGCGAGCGCACGGCCGCGCUGAAACGCGUCCAGGCGCUCGCGCUCGGCGCGCGGGAGGCGGGCACCGGGGCCGCCCUGGCGCAGCGCGCGGCCCGCCUGAGGGAGCGGCUCGGGGCGCAGGCCUGCCGAGCGCUGUUCGCGCUGGCCGUGGCCUGCGGCCCGGGCCUGGAGCCCGUGUCGCUGGCGCUGCUGCCCGUGCUGCUCAAGGUGGCCCUCGUCGCGAUCGCGGUCGUCGGCGAGAGCGCAUCCCAGUGCGCGCGGGCCAUGGUGCAGGAGUGCCCGACCCCUGGGAUGCUGGCCCUGCUGCUGGAGCAGGUCGCCGCCCGCGGCGGUGCGCACCGGUGGCGCUGCGCCCAGGCGCUACUCCGGGCGUUGCAGGUGUACCCGCCCGACGUGCUGGAG